AGUCUGAAAUGGAUGAUCAGCCACAAGCUACUGAAUUCUCUGAACAAGAUACCAGAACAGAUUAUCAGGAACAAUUUGGAGACCCAAAUGACUUCUACAUCAACCUGGAUGGAUCAAAUUAACCUACAGGUUAGGAAUAUUGAAUCAAGAUUGUCUUCUAGUGUAUGCAAAGAGAAGUCACCUUCACUUGAUAUGACUUUAAACUCUGUGUCUGUAUACCCAACCAUUGAUGAAGGAUCAGAAAUAAAUGUCAUUGUCAUGAGUUCUUAAAAACAUGUAACAUACCUUUUUCCAGGACAGUUCACCAAGCUACUGCUGCUGGAUCCCACUCAAUGUCUGUCAUGGGAGAAACCAAGGAGGAUAUUAUCCUUCACAAAACUUUUAAGAAACAUUUUAUCCGUUGGAAUCUAAAAAAAUGUAUUGUAGUCAGAAACCUAGGUUGCCCAAUCCUUGUGGGUGAACCUGGUAAGAAAGACAAUUUUAUAUCCACUGUACCAUCUCAGAGAGUUAUAUCCACCCUUGAUAUUUAUGAUGCUCCUGUAUCUGUACCCUAUGAGAUUAAACCAAUUUUAUUUAGCCUUAAUUUUAUUUGCAGAGCUACUAAUGACAUGAUAAUGUUUCCUGGUGAUAAAAUUCAAGUAGAUUUACCUUCCAUGCUCCACAACGAACAUCAGCUACUCUUCACUCCUCGUGUUCUUCCACAAGCUGAUAGAUCAUCUCUUCCUUCUCAAAUGUGCACACCGAUUAAUCAUCAGGUACAAAUCUCCAAUUUCACUAACUUUCCGUUAUCUAUAACUAAGAAUCAACAUUAUGGUGACAUAUUCCCACUCACUACUCCACAUCCUGUCUAUCCUAAACAUAAUCAUGUUGCAUCUACGUACAAAAUUAUCCCCACUGAGUCUGAAAUAUCCAAGGCAUUAAUUGACCCUGAUAAUGUUUUAACUAAUGACUGGAAACAAAAUUUUUAUCAGAUAUUAGAGAGAUAUUCUAACAUUAUCACAUCUAUUCCUGGAUGUUACAAUGGUUUCUAUGGAAAUGUAGAUUGUUCACUGAAUUUUAUACAGCCCCCUCCAGCAUCUAACAAAGCUCGACUACCAUCUUACUCACAUGACAAACUUGUUGAAAUGGCCAACAUAAUGGUGAAAUGGAAUCUUGGGGGGUUCUUAAAAAACCUCAUGAUCUGGGGAUAACUGUAAAGAAUGUACACACAUCCUACUUAGUCCCAAAAUCAGAUGGUUCCCAUAGAUUUGUGACAGACUUUACUAGCCUUCUUCGAUUCAUUGGUAAACUUGAGAUUAUUUCCCCAACUAUUUCACAGGCCAAAAGGAUGCUAUCUUCGUUUAAAUACUUUAACGAACUUGACUUAUCUCAUUGUUUCUGGCAAGGUCAGAUGUCUCCAGAAGACAGCAGCUAUUUAGCCACUCCUCACCCCUUUGGAGGAAUUAGAUGCUAUGCUCGUGAACCCCAGGGUAUUAGGAACGCUAGUGAACAUAAUAGUGAGCGUUUAAGCAUAAUAUUUGGUGACCUGGAAAAAGAUAAGAAGAUGACCGGCAUGGCUGAUGGGUUGUACAUAGGUGGUGAUACUUUGGAAACCCUCUCAGAUAAUUUUGUUGAGGUUUUAUCUUGAGCAGAGAAAUGUGGCUUAACAUUUAAGCCCUCUAAUUUGCCCUAUCUCAACCAUUCUUUUUGGUUGGAAGAAGGUUGGAGAUCAAAGGUCUCCCACCUCUCAUGUGAUGACACCUUUGUCAUCAUCUCAACCCCCAAAAACUGUCAAACAACUGUGGGGUUGGAUAGGAGCAUACAGACAACUGUCAGAGACAAUCAAGGAUCAUGCAAUAACACUUACCUUACUUGAAAAGGAAACUGCAGGUAGAAAAUCACGGGAUGAAAUUAAAUGGACUCCACCACUUUUAGAAAGCUUUAAUACAGCAAAGAAAUCCCUAAAACACUCACAAUCUAUAACUAUCCCCAAACCAUCUGAUAUUCUACAUAUCUACCCAGACACCUGACAAUCAGCAAAUGCUGUUGGAGGCCACCUUGUGAUUGAAAGAAUGGAGGAUGGCUCUGUUCAUAGAAAAAAUGGAGGAUUUUUCUCUGUUAGAUUAGAUCAAAGCCAGUCUAGAUGGACUCCAUGCGAAAAGGAGGCUUUAGGUAUUAAGCUUAAUAGCAUUUAAAACCAUUUAUCCAAGAAUCGUACAAUACCACCAUUAUUCACCCUGAUAACAUGAUAUCUGUCCAUGCUUGGAAUAGAUUAAAGAAGGGAAUAAUAUCAACAUCUUCUAAAGUAGCAGCAUUCCUAUCCUCGUCUGAAAAAAAUAUUGAUCUUAAACAUUGCCCUGGCGUUGAUACUAAAGUAGCUGACUAUGGAUCCAGAAACCCACAACCAUGUUCUGAAUAACGCUGCCAGAUUUGUAAAUUUAUGUCAGAACAAUGCCAAAUAGGUGAAUCAUGUGUCAACAUAUGCACUGUUAACUCUGUCUCUGUAUCUGACAUUCUGUCAGGAUCUGCUCGUCUUCCUCUUACUGAGAAACCAGCUUGGUUACAAAUUCAGAAGGAUGAUGAUACUCACAACAGACUUUAUAAGCUUAUCACUUCUGGAGGUUUGCAGCCUGAAAGGAAAUUGAGAGGACACACUAACCUAAAACUUAUGUAUAAUAUGUACAUGAAAGGAUUACUUAGAGUAGAUCACAAUGGUCUCAUUAUAGUUAAACACAUUGAUACAUCCUCAAGCAUUGAGUAUGAUGCAAUAUCAGUCCCCAAGCAACUUUAUCCUUCUAUAAUACAAAGUUUACACAUUAAGCUGGAACAUCCUUCUCGAAACCAAAUGUACCGCUUUGCUCAUCGUUACUUCCAUUGUGUUGGUUCAACUCAAACCAUAGAUGACAUCCAUAAAUCUUGUCAGGUUUGUACCAGUUUGUCAACUCUUCCAAAGACUUUGUCAACUUUCUCAACUGAGAAAAUAGAAACACUUGGCUCACAUUUCUCAGCUGAUGUAUUGGUCUCUGACAAUCAGAAGAUUUUCUUAUGCAGAGAGAAAUUGACCCAAUUCACAUUCUCUCAUAUAAUUCCUGAUGAGAAAGCAGAAACACUCCGAUCAGCCAUCUUAGAUUCAGUUCUACAUAUCAUGCCUCCUUCUGGAACAACAGUUAGGGUUGAUGCUGCCCCUGGUUUACAAUCUAUAAAUAAAGCUUAUGAUGACAUUCAGACAGAUGAUGUUCUUAAAAAAUAUUCAAUUAAACUAGAAAUUGGCCAGACUAUUAACCCAAAUAAAAACCCAAUUGCUGAGAAGGCCAUCAAGGAAUUUAGAAAAGAAAGGCUCCGUCUCAAUCCCAUGGGAGGUCCAAUCUCAGAAAAUGAAAGAAUAAUUAUAACCAGAAACAUGAAUUCAAGAAUAAGAAACCGAGGAUUGUCUUCCAAAGAAAUGCUCCUCAGAAGAGACAUCUCUCAGAACAAGCCUAUACAUAUUGAGGAUGAGAAAUUAUCUAACCUCCAAUUCAAUCUUCGCUCAGAUGUCAACCAAAAGCACAACAUCAAACUUCAGGAUUCUAAAUCUUCAAACUCAGUUUUUAACAUAGGUGAUAGAGUCUUCAUAUUAAAAGAUCUUUCUAAACUUCAUGCUAGAGAAGAAUAUAUUAUAACCAACCUCUAUAAAAAAAAACGGAAUGGAUUGGGCUUCCCUGCAGAAAUUUGAGAGUCAGUUUAGAUCAAGAAAGUAUGAAGCAAAAUUAUCAGAGAUUGAACAUGUCUCCAACAAUUUCACUGCUAAUUCAGCUGCUCCACAUGUUGAUCAGUACACAGAUUCUUCCCCUCAGUUUCAAGGUUUUCCUUCACAGCAGUCUGAGACAGAAACCACUAAACUUCAGCAAAUUAUAAAAGAACUUUCAGAAUCCAUACCAAAAAACAGGGGUAGGCCAAAUUUGAAGUACCCAGACUAUGUUAAAGAUUAUCCAAUUUCUGAAGAUCUCAGCCAAGAGCAAUUUUUUCAUGGAUUUCCAACCCAGCCUCAUCCUAUUGUGCAACUAGUGGAUUUAUCAAAUGAUUCACUUUCUCCUCCUCAAAUCCCACCAUCUCAUGGAUGGAUUCAGGAUGACAUCAAUAGUGAUGAUGAGGAUGAUGAUGAAAUGUUCUGGCUCCCCUUCAAUCCUAAAUCAGAUCUCCCCAGGCCAAACUUGGUCAGAUCUUCAAUAGAUUCAGAUGAUGAAACAUUGGUUCCCUCUUCUCCAAUUCCUGAUUCAAUUCCUAACAUUUCUGAAACUGACAGAGUGUUCAGUUCAGAUAGUGAAGACACUGAUAAUGAUGAGUCCCCUGAUGAAUUCCUUAACUACAUUAGUAGUGAUGAUGACCCUGCUGGUCAACAGGAUGAACUAUGGGACUAUUCCGAUUUUCAAUCUUAUCAUGAUUACCAGUCGCACACCUCAGCUGACAUAUCCCUUCAACAAUCAAGCUGUGAACCCUCUAAUUCUCCUACAGAACACAAAUCUUCAAGCUUAAAAUCAGAUACUGAUCCCUACUUCUUAGGGGAUAACAGAAUGGAAGACAGGAAUGAAUUUUCUCUUCUGAAUACUUCAGAUGACCUUGAACAGGAAGUUUCUCAACAGGAUUCUGCUCCUUUAGAUCUAAAUCAAGUACAGGACUGUACAGAGAUAUUGAGACUUAUUCACCAGCCUGUACCUAACUCAGUAGUCAAUCUAGAUGACAUCUUACCAGUUUCGAACCAUUAAAGGAGGAGAUCUUCCAGAACCCGCCAACAAGUCGACUACAAAAAGCUACACAUGUUUGGGAAACAUUAAAACAUAUAAAACAAACAAAGCAAUCCUUGCCAAAAACAAAAAGAGAGAAAAGCCAAAGGAGAGGAGAAACAGGGUAACGGAAUAAACUCCUAUAUCUUACAGGAGUUCCCUGAGUAAGUCCCAGCCUUCUGGUUCCUUCAGACUUCACUCCACUCUCAAUGGAUUGUUUGUUUAUGUAUUGUAAAUUAUAUCAUGUUCACAAAAGCUAUAAUCUCAGGUGAACGUCUGAAUAUUUCAGAUAGGAUGUUCCCAAACCUCUGUUAGUUGAGGGUUGACUUUGGUCAGAUUGUUGUUAUCCUCGUCCCGGUCUACAUUCUUUAACAGUUGAUACCCACUCCAUCGCUUACAUGCUCUUCCCGCCCAUCUUGGAGAAGAGACCGGACAUAGUCCUGUAACGUUGGAGAAGAUCACAUAUAUCCGUACAGGUAGGACUGUAUAUACCUACCUUAUACAUAAUUACUAUAUAGCAUCAUUUCAUUCUUACAGUUCGGUAUCAUAGUAGUAAACCUAUCGUGCAAGA